AUGAGUGCUGGUGUGAUUGUCUACAUCUUGCUCUGCGGUGUUCCUCCGUUUUGGGCCGAGACUGAACAAGGUGUUGCCCUUGCAAUCUUGAGGGGAGUGCUUGAUUUCAAGAGAGAACCGUGGCCCCAGAUAUCGGAGAGUGCUAAGAGCCUCGUGAGGCAGAUGUUGGACCCGGAUCCGACUAAACGUUUGACUGCUCAGCAAGUCCGUGAGCACCCUUGGAUACAUAACGCAAAGAAAGCUCCAAAUGUUCCUUUAGGAGAUAUCGUGAGGUCAAGGUUGAAGCAGUUCUCCGUGAUGAAUAGAUUCAAAAAGAAAGCUCUCAGAGUGAUUGCCGAGCACUUGUCCCUUCAGGAGGUUGAAGUGAUCAAGAACAUGUUUACAUUGAUGGAUGACGACAAUGAUGGAAGAAUAGCCUACACAGAACUCAGAGCUGGACUCAGCAAGGUCGGUUCACAACUGGGUGAACCAGAGAUCAAAAUGUUGAUGGAAGUGGCCGAUGUUGAUGGGGAUGGGUUCCUGGACUACGGUGAAUUCGUCGCAGUGAUUUUCCACUUGCAAAAGAUGGAGAACGAUGAACAUCUCAAGCAAGCUUUUAUGUUCUUCGACAUAGACAGUAGCGGGUACAUCGAAAUGGAUGAACUGCAGGAAGCUUUAGCUCAUGGAGCAGACGAACCAGACGACAAUGUCCUAAAUGACAUAAUGCGUGAAGUUGACACUGACAAGGAUGGGCGCAUAAACUACGAUGAAUUCGUAGCAAUGAUGAAAGCAGGAACCGACUGGAGAAAGGCGUCUAGACAAUACUCAAGAGAGAGAUUCAAAAGCCUAAGCGUCAACUUGCUGAAGGAUGGUUCAUUGCAUCUUCAUGAUGCCCUCACUGGGAAAUCAGUUCCAGUAUGAUCUUUUCUUACCAUUUUUUUUUGGUUAUAUAUCCCUCCAAAACAAACCCUUACGACAUUGCUUCAAGAACCCUCUUCGGCGUUAGGGUUUGUAAAGCUUUGUGGGUUGGUUAGGGUUUGGUGUUAAGAAGACUUGGCAACUCUCGAAAGGGGUAUACUUGCAGCUAGGCUGUAUAUUUAGGGUUUCUGUUUUUGUCUACUUUCACAUUCAGAACUUUCGAAAUUAUGUGUACCAUUUGAAGUUUUUCCGGAUUCAGUGGCUUUUGUCUGUUCAA